CUUUUUCUCUUCUCCUCUCUUCUCCAUUGCUCUCACUCAGACUACACACAGAAUAGCUAGCAGUGAGCAGAGUGAGUGAGACAUGGCCAAGAUCUGCAAACUAACAGCCACAGCAGCAGCAGCAGCUCCUUUGGGUCUCUUGCUUUUCCUAUGCCAUCAGCUCCCCUGCAUUGACGCGUUCAACCGCUUCACGGUCGGCGACGAGAAGGGCUGGAUCCCCAACGUCAACUACACCGUCUGGGAGAAGAAGCACCGCCCCUUCCACGUCGGCGACUGGCUCGUGUUUUACUAUCAGCCGAAAUCGGCGGACAUUGUGCGAGUGGACGAGGACUCGUACGACAAGUGCGACGCGUCGAACCCGAUCUCCAACUACAGCAAGGGCCGGAGCUACGCCUUCGAGCUCAACCACACCGGACGAUACUACUUCAUCUGUAGCUACGGCUACUGCUACCAGGGAAUGAAGCUCAGCAUCAACGUCGAGCCCCUCUCGCCGCCUGCCUCCCCUUCCUCCUCCAAGAAAUCCUCCGCCUCCUCCUCCUCCGCCGCUGUUGCCGCCGCUUCUCCUCUCCCGGCGGCGAUCGCCGUCUCGCUGCUCCUGAAGCUGCUGCUCCGGCUGCUGUAGCUGAAAUUGAUCGGCGAUAUUGCGUGUAUGCAAUUGUUGAUUUGUUAUUGUGAUGUUGUGUGGAUCUUGAUGGAUUUUGGGAUUUCCAACUGUUUUGUUAGAUUUUAUUUUGGUGUGACCGUGACGAGAGUUAAAUUGUUGCAGUAAAUCCCUGCUUUGCUUUA